UGUGCAAAUCGCAAUAAAAUUAUAACAUUGAUAGCAUUAGAACUCGACGCAUUUUACAUCGAUUUGGCUCGCAUCGUUUACGGUGGAGCAGUGAACGAAUAAAUUACAGUUCUGUGCCACGCACAGGAAUCUGUUAUUACCGUUGCGACAUUCGUUGCCGUCGUUAACAUUCCGACGCGCAUAUAAAACUACAAGACACGUCGACGCAAGGCGUCGCAGUUGAUACACGGACACACGGUAUUCACGUCGCAGUUGAUACACGUUAUUCACGUCGCAGUUUAUAAUUAGUAAAGUCAGGUCAUCGUCUCCAUUUGAUCUAGAAGCUUUGGGUGUUCGUACUUGGAAAGAUGAGCGAACAAGUGGAAAAUAGACCCGUGAGGGUUUGGUGCGAUGGAUGUUUCGACAUGGUACACUUUGGUCACGCAAACUCGUUGCGACAGGCCAAAGCAUUGGGACAUUAUCUGGUCGUAGGCAUACACACCGAUGAUGAAAUUGCCAAGCACAAAGGUCCGCCUGUUUUCACAGAACAAGAGAGGUCUAAAAUGGUGAGAGCUAUUAAAUGGGUUGAUGAGGUAGUAGAAGGUGCUCCUUACGUUACAAAUCUUGAAACUUUGGAUCAGCAUAAUUGUGACUUUUGUGUUCACGGAGAUGAUAUAACAGUUACAGCAGAUGGAGUUGACACAUAUCAUCUUGUUAAAAAAGCCAACAGAUACAAGGAAGUAAAACGAACUGAAGGAAUUUCAACUACAGAUGUAGUUAGUCGUAUGUUGUUAAUGACAAGACAACAUUUCUACAAGGGUGAUAAAGAAUAUGAAGUGGAAAAAGAGCAUUCCUCAGUGAUGGGUCAAGAUAAGGCUGCCAGAAGUCCAUGGACUGGUUGUUCACAAUUUUUACCCACUACUAAAAAAAUAAUUCAAUUCAGUGAAGGCGUAGAACCUAAGCCCACUGAUAAAGUAGUAUACGUUGCUGGUGCUUUCGACAUAUUUCAUGUUGGUCAUUUGGAUUUUUUAGAAAAAGCCCAUCAGCAUGGUAAUUUUCUUAUUGUUGGCUUGCACACUGAUCCAGUGGUUAAUCAAUACAAAGGUUCAAAUUAUCCAAUUAUGAAUUUACAUGAACGAGUUUUGAGUGUUUUAGCCUGCAAAUAUGUAUCUGAAGUUGUUAUUGGAGCACCGUACAGUGUAACAGCUGAUUUAAUGAAACAUUUUCAUGUUGAUGUUGUGUGCCAUGGUAAAACACCAGUGAAAAUGGACAUAAACGGUGAAGACCCAUAUGCGGUUCCAAAAUUGAUGAAUAAAUUUGUGAUAGUUGAUUCAGAAAAUAACAUGACAACAGAAAAGAUUGUUGAUCGCAUUAUAAUUAAUAGACUUGAGUUUGAAGCUAGAAAUUUAAAAAAAGAAGCUAAGGAGUUGGCAGUCAUCAAACAAAUGGAAAACCAAUUAGAAAAAAUAAAAUUGGAAUUAUACUAGUAUUGUGUAAGUUAAUUUUCAAUUAUUGUAAAAUAUGCUGAUAAUAGUUCUUGUAGUUAAUCAUUCAUCCAAAUAAUUUUAAUACUGUGUUACCAAUCAAUACAUUGAUCAAUUUCUUCUUUGUGUAUCUGUAUUUG